UUACAUGACACAGCGCAUUGUGAGGACUGUCCGGGUUUGAUUUUGGUCACACAUUCAAUUCAAAGGUGUAAUAAUCUUGAAAUCAUCACUGCGCUUUUUCUAAAGUCAAGACAAGGAGCGAACCUGGCAGUGUGUGCUUCCCUGAAGAGGACUGUGUCUAACCUGCACAGGUAUCAGCGGCUGGUAUUAAGGAUGCCCUUGUCCCAACAUCAGACCUGGAGGUAACCCCACGUUGUCUGUGCUAUUGCCCCCCCCCCCCCCCCCUGCACCCCGCAGCGGAGAUGGUGCACUGGACAACACAGUGGGGGACAUGUGUCUGUAUCCAAACUCUGCUGGCCUUUGCCUUGGCCAACUGUCCCUCACUUUACCCCAACCCUGUCAACUUCACUGUGGUUUACACCAUGCCGUUCUUCCAGGCCAAGGGUCCUAUCCAGAACAUAGUCAACAACUCGUAUUACCAGGAGGUGUAUGUCGCCUCUAAGAAUGUGAUUGAAGCCGUCAACAGAAGCUUGGAGAAGGUGUGGGAGCUCCGCACCGGGCCAGUGGGAAGCCCUGAGUGUCGGGUUUGUGAUAUGUGCGACAUCGAUAAGGAUCCAAACUUCCUGGAGGACACAAACAAUCAGGUCUUGCUGUUGGAUACCCUCUUUAUGUAUUUAUACUCUUGUGGAAGUUCCCAGUAUGGUGUAUGCCAUUUCCACCUACUUAACUCAGAUGGAGAGCCUCCUUCUCUUUCAAAAUGUUUGUUCAGGAAGGUUACAAACUCUGCUGCCAACUGUCCUGACUGUGUGGCCAGUCCUCUCGGUACCAAAGUCACCAUGGUCGAAGAGGGUCAGACUGUCUACUUCUUUGUUGCCACCACAGUCAACGACAGUGUGACCCAGCGUUACGGAAGGAAAUCUAUAUCGGUGCGUCGACCGAUGGCCACGGAAGAUGGUUUCUUCAAGGAUGUGCGUGGCCUGACUGUCCUUCCAGGCUUGCGGAGGACAUACCAUAUUGAAUAUGUCUACAGCUUUUUCACUCAGGAGUUUGUCUACUUCGUCUCAGUUCAGAGAGAGAGUCCAGAUCAAGAAUCCUCUCCGUUUCAGACUCGUUUGGGCCGUCUCCCAAGGAAUGAAUGGGAGAUGAAGAGGUAUCGUGAGGUGAUCCUUGAGUGUCGGUUUGAACCAAAGCGCCGACGGAGGAACGUAGCCAGUGAGCCCUAUAAGGAUGUGGUGUACAACGUGGUCCAGGCAGCACAUUUUGGCAAGGCAGGCAGGGAGCUGGCAGAGGAGUUAGGGGCGGAGGAGGAAGAUGACAUCCUCUAUGGGGUUUUUGCUGUUACUGAUGACAACGGGGUCCCAGAGCACGACUCAGCCCUUUGCGCCUUCCCAAUGGAUAAUGUGAACAAGGCGAUAGUAGAUGGGGUUGACGACUGCUGCGAGUCUGGACCAGAGCAGCUCUGUAGAGGGCUCUGCCAUUUCCAGUCCUGUGAGAGCUGUCCACAUGAGAGCAUGGAGAACAAUGCCACAUGCAGAGACCAUCCUACCAUGGUGUCAAAGCCGUACUACAGAGUGGACCUCUUCAACAGGCAAAUGACGGACGUCCUGCUCACAUCUCUGCUCGUCACAACCAUCGAGAACAAGACCGUGGCUCAUAUCGGGACCUCUACUGGACGCCUGCUGCAGCUUGUAUUGACACGAUCCAGCCCUAUUAUCUUUGCCAAUUACUCUUUGGUAGAAAACCAGAGGGUGUCUUCAAUUGCUGCCGUUUACUCAACAGAGUAUCUCCUCUUUGUGGUCGGAGACAAGAUGAUCCAGGUGCCCCAGAGAGGGCCGGGUUGUCAACACUUCCUGACGUGUGCGAUCUGCCUGACAGCCCCUAAGUUCAUGGGCUGCGGCUGGUGCUCUGGAGUCUGCUCCUGGAAGAGCGAGUGUCAAAGCCACUGGAGGAACACGUCCUGCCCACCGGGGAUCACUGGGUUCUCUCCACGGACCGCUCCUCCUGAUGGUCAAACAGAGCUAACGGUGUGUGGAUGGGAGUUCCAGUCACCUUUAAGACCCGCCAUCACAUCCAGAACCCACCAGAUCCGACUGGGGCAGACUGCUUGCACUGUGAUUGCGGUCAAAAGCAAUAACACGCACUUGGUGUGUAAGAUUCGUUCUGGGGCCACUGAGCUUUCCAGACCAGUUAACAUUACAGUGGAGGUGCAUGAGGGCAAGGUGGAGGGACGCUACGCUAUUGACGGGAAGGCAGAAAUGCCAGGAUUCACAUUUGUGGUUCCCAACAUCACAGAUAUCCAGCCAAACUAUGGGCCUCGUGUCGGGGGAACACUCAUCACAGUGACUGGACCUCACUUGGAUGCUGGGAAGACGAGGAGAGUCACUCUCAAUGAUGUUCCCUGCCCUAUAAAGAGAGUCACAAAGCCCAAAGGCAAUGUGUCCUCCAUCAUCUGUCUGUCCCAGCCUAUCUCUGAGGUGAGGGACGUCCCUCUGAGUGUUUUCAUCGACAAGUCUCCUGUCCUCACCACAAAGGUGUUUUACUACAAAGAAGACCCGAUGAUUACAGCCGUGCUGCCUGACUGUAGCUUCGACAGGGGGUCAAGGAUUGUCAUCUGGGGGGAGAACCUGGAUUCUGUCUACCGGACCAUCAUCCGCUUCAAACCCAACGAGAGCCACUUGAAACCUGUGACAAGGGAGUGCAUCGGUAAGUCUUUGCCCACCAGGAUGGAGUGCGUCUCCCCGGUGUUCCUCAGGGAUGAGACAGAGGAGGGAGAGCUUUCCUUCGACAUGGACGGAGCGCUGGGACUCUGGAACAAAGAGUUCUCCUACCACCCGUACGGAGAGCCCAUACCUUUUGAAACAGAGGGACACGUGCUGAAUUUGUACCCUGGCUUUGACGAAGUGUCACUACAUCAUCAGAAGCUGAAUCUGGUGAGCUCCUGUAUGACCAUCAUCAUGACGGUGGCAGGCGUUGAUUGUGAUGCUAAAGUCCUGGAUAAUGAGAUCACCUGCAGGAUCCCCAAGAACAUGACCAUCCCCGGUGAAGGACUGCCAGUGAAGAUCUCUAUCAACGGGCAGGUGCACAACGUGGGUACGGUGAUGAGGGUCAGCAACCACUACAUGGUGGGCAUUGUUCUGGGGAUCCUGACGGCUCUGGUGGCCGGGGCGGUGCUGGCCUUCGUUGUCAUGAAGCACUUGAGGAAGAAGAAGAAAGCCUCUAUGGUCGAGAGCCGUUUGAACCACAGUGCUAACCGCUCUGGGACAAAUAACACGGAGAUGUCGCCCAUCGGGGACUACAGGAGAGUAGUGUCCCUAAGUCCUCCGACCCCGAUGGUGGGCCCGGUGGUUUUCCCCUGCCUGAGCUACACUGCAUCAGGCCUCGAUCCCACCCUCACCCCCCUCAUGCCUUCAGAGAAGAUCUGCAUCUCCAGUUUCCGGCCCGAGCUGCUGGAGGAGGUGAAGGAUGUUCUUAUUCCUGCUGAGAUGCUUGUUGUGCAACAUCACCGGAUCAUAGGGAAGGGACAUUUUGGGACGGUCUAUCAUGGCUACCUCACUGACCAAAACAACAGAGAAAUCCACUGUGCCGUCAAGUCUUUGAAUAGAAUAACAGAUGUGGAGGAGGUGGAGCAGUUUCUGAAGGAAGGAAUCAUAAUGAAGGGUUUCCACCACAGCAACGUGCUCUCCCUGCUUGGCAUCCUCCUGCCGCAGGAAGGGCUCCCACUGGUGGUACUGCCGUACAUGAAACACGGGGACCUGCGUCACUUCAUACGCUGCGAGAAGAGAAAUCCCACUGUUAAGGAUCUGAUUGGCUUCGGGCUGCAGGUCGCUAAGGGGAUGGAGUAUUUGGCUCAGAAGAAGUUUGUUCACAGAGAUCUCGCUGCACGCAACUGCAUGCUGGACGAGUCAUACACAGUGAAGGUGGCAGACUUUGGCAUGGCCAGAGACGUUUUUGAUAAAGAGUAUUACAGCAUUCAGGAUCACAGGAAGGCCAAGCUGCCCGUCAAGUGGAUGGCCAUCGAGAGUCUGCAGACACAGAAAUUCACCUCCAAGUCUGAUGUGUGGUCCUUUGGUGUGCUGAUAUGGGAGAUGCUGACAAGAGGAGCGAGCCCCUACCCAGAGGUGGACCCUUAUGACAUAACACAUUACCUACUGAAGGGCCGGAGGCUCCCCCAGCCUCAGUACUGCCCGAACCCUUUGUAUAACAUUAUGCUCCAGUGUUGGGACCCUGAUCCAGAGUUGAGGCCCAGCUUUGCUACGUUAGUGUUUGCCGUCUCCACCAUACUGUCCGGCCUGGAGGGAGAACACUACAUCAGUCUGAACGUCACCUACGUAAACCUGGACCAGCCGAGGCCUUACCCGGCCCUCACAGAGUCUGCAGAUGAAAACGACUCCACAGAUGUCGAAGACUCAGGCUCCAUCUCUUCCUGAUCCACUUCCUCUUCCUCUCUCGACUUUAAAUUGGUAUCGAUGCUAACAGCGGGGGCACGAAAAAAACCUCAACCAGGUCGCAACAGUGUCUCCUACAAGUCAGCAUCUGAAACAGACAUGCUGUGUACUGUUUAUGUGCAUGGAAGUCAAGUAAGAUGCUUUAGGGAGCAAAGCACACUUUUGGGCAGCCAUACUGAAGGGCUGUCACUUUGCAACCAUAGAUGAAUAAAGUUUGAGCUUCCACUCUCAUUUUAAGCUGGAUAUACACCGUACGGUUUGCAGCAUCUUAUUGCCCCACUAUUGGUCCUAUCUUAUCCCUGAACACAGCUUAGCCAACAACACCCAACAAACCUGAAAUUCAGUUUAAAAUUGGUGUUCGAUCUCUAAAAAUGGGUUAAAAUUGUUAAACUGUAUUUAUGAUGCGUUUCUUUACCACCACUCAAAUCACUUUUAAAUAUACAACUCAGCAUUCAUUCAUUCCCACACAGUCAUACAGAGGCGUAGACUGCCUUACAGAACACCACACUUUGACUCACCCAGCAAUUCGGGGUUCAGUAUCGUCCCCAAGACCACUUCGACACGUUCAAGUGACUGGGGAAAUAACCCCCUACCAGAGGACGACCGUCUACCUCUUGAGCAACAGCUGCCUGUACAGUGUAUGCCCAGCUUUAAAAUAAUUGAAUAGGCAUUUCAUUUCUGUUGUAUUUCUUCGUCUUCAGUCGUACUUGCUUGUUUAGAUAGAGAAAAUAACAAGAGGCUAAUACACAUUACACUGGUUGGCUUACCCAGCCUGCAGGUUAGCUAAUUACCUAACAAGGGUUUAAAAAGCAGAGUUUCUUCACAUUAAUUGAAGUACAGGUUUUCAAACACAAACUAUUGUGGAAAUAAAGAACAGGCUUGGGUUGCAUAGACUCAAAUCUUCCUCAGCACUGAUCUUUUUGCGCCCAGCAGGAGUCUUCUUCAUAUAUCUGUUUCUUUCUUCCUCAUCCAGUGUGGACAUUAUAAAUGCAAAGCUAGUUCUUCCAUGUCCAACAGGGUUGACUACGGUAUUGAGGAAAGAUGUUACAUAAAGCAGAGCAUUUAUGUAAUUCAGUGGCCCAUUAGCUUUCUUUUACUUACAACAUAGAGUACUGUUACAGAGCCCAUUCGUGCAUAUAUGUUUAGACAUUCACACAUAUGCUUUUAAUUAUUUUGCGGUGUAAUGAUUGUUCUGUAUAUUAUGGAUUACAAUGUUAGACACAAUAUCCUGAAGGCAAUCUGACGUCACACUGUUGCUUGUAUUUCUGACACAAAUGUCUUUGAGAUAGUGUAAUAAAUUAAAAUAUUUAUUUGUUUAUAGA